AUGCCCAAGGACGCUGCCCCCGAAGUCAUGCCCGAGCUCGGUGCUCAGCGCCUCUUCUCGCUCGACGGCAAGAUUGCCCUUGUCACCGGAGGUGGCACCGGUAUCGGCAAGAUGAUCGCCGCCACCUACAUUCGCAACGGCGCCAAGGUGUACAUUGCCAGUCGAAAACUCGCCGACCUCGAAAAAGUGGCCGUGCAGCUGAGCAAGCUGGCCCCAAGCGAUCCCCAAGGCAAGAAGGGGCUCUGCGUGGCGUUGCAGGCCGACGUCGGCAGCAAGGCUGGCUGCGAUGCGCUCGCCGACCAGAUCAAGAAGGUCGAGACUAGGCUCGAUAUCCUCGUCAACAACUCGGGUCUCACUUGGGGCGCGCCUAUGGUUGAUUUUCCCGAACAAAAGGGCUGGGACAAGGUGUUCGACCUCAAUGUCAAAAGCCAGUUCUACCUUACCGUUGCCCUGUUGCCCUUGCUCGAGAACGGAAAGAGCAACACUGAACAUGGCACUGUGCUCAACAUUGCUUCUACCGCCGCCAUUGUUCCCCUUGCUGAAGGUGGUCUUUCUGCUCCUGGAAACGGAACCUAUUCUUACCAACCCUCCAAGGCCGCGUCGCUGCACCUCACAAAAGUGCUUGCCAACUCGCUCGCCGAAAAGUUCAUCAUGGUCAACGCCAUCUGCCCCGGUGUCUUCCCUUCGCGUAUGACCGCCUACGGUCUCGAAGAGAACCGCGACUUGCUCGAGGGCAUCCAGCCUACAGGUCGUGUCGGCACACCAGAGGACAUUGGCGGCGUCGCCAUGUUCUUUGCCUCGCGUGCGGGUGCCCACUGCACCGGAACCGGCAUUGUCGUCGAUGGCGGUCAGAGUAUCCAGUUCCAGCCGCGUCUGUGA